AUGUACCGGCAAAUCAGUGGCCUCUUCUGGCUUUUCUCUCUUGCCAGCGCUGAUUGGCAGUUCAAAUCACGGCCAGACCUUGCCCCACCCCGCCUCAACAUUACGAUCCCCGCAGCCCCCACCGUUGAAAAAGGAUACUUGUUUCUUGCCCCCUUCGCGGGGCUUCCAGACACUCCUACUGAGCAACAUGGUCCACGCCAAGCCGGACCCUAUAUCUUUCGGGAUGAUGGGGAGCUCAUUUGGUCUGGAUACGGCAUCUACUCAAUCUGGGCAACAAACUUCCAGGCUGGCCGAUGGAAAGGAGAGGACAUUCUCUUCAGCUUUGAGGGGGACCAUAAUCCCGGAUAUGGUCAUGGCCAUGGGCACACGACAAUUCUGAACAAGCACUAUGACACAGUCAGAGAACUAAAGGCCGGGAACCACAAGCUUACCGAUAAGCAUGAGUUCCAUAUCAUUGGAGAGAAGACGGGUUUGAUCCAGAUCUAUCAGCCGGUUCCCCGGGAUCUCACGCCGUGGGGAGCAAGUGAAGAGCAGCAAUGGAUUGUCAAUGCCAUAAUUCAAGAACUCGAUAUCGAAACAGGCGAACUACUCUUUGAAUGGGCCAGCCUCGACCACGUAACCCCUGAUGAAGCCGUCCUCCCCCUCAACCCCGGCCAAGCCGGCUCGGGCUACAACUCCUCCGACGCCUGGGACUACUUCCACAUCAACAGCGUCGACAAAGACGCCGACGGCAACUACAUCGUCUCCGCUCGCGACGCCUGCUCCGUCCACAAAAUCUCCGGCAGCACCGGCGAGAUCCUAUGGCGGCUGGACGGCAAGAACUCGUCCUUCACCCUCGGCCCCAACGCGACCUUCUGCUUCCAGCACCACGCGCGCUUCCUGCCCAACCCAACGGGCGACCCAGCCGUCGAGUUCAUCUCGCUCUACGACAACUCGGCGCACGGCACCGAGCACAACGGCGGGUCAGAAGUGCACACGGCGCCGACAUCGAGCGGCAAGAUCCUCCGCCUCAACACGACGGAUUGGACGGCAGAGCUCGUCCAGGGCUUCUAUCCGCCGCCCGGCACGGGGUUGCUGUCGAAGAGCCAGGGCUCGACGCAGGUGCUGCCGAAUGGCAAUGUUGUCGUUAAUUGGGGCUCUGAGGGCGCGCUGACGGAGUACCUGCCGGACGGUACGCCUAUUUUUCAUACGUACUUUGAUAGCGGGGCGUUGGGUGAGGGCGUCCAGAAUUACCGUGGCUUCAGGUACAAUUGGACCGGGCUGCCGAGUGAGGACCCGGCGAUCUUGGCGUUGGAGAAUGCGGAUGGGUCGGGGACGACGGUGUAUGUGUCGUGGAAUGGGGAUACAGAGACGAGGGUGUGGAGGUUUUUUGAGUUCGAAGGUGAGAAUGGAUCGAGGAAGUUGCUCGGAGAGGCGGAGCGUGAGGGAUUCGAGACGGCUCUGAAAUUGCCUGGACGCCGGGUCAAGAAAGUUGUGGCGGAUGCGGUGGACGGAAACGGGAAAGUCUUGAGGACGACGGGCCUGAUUACGCCGGAGCGAGAGGUAUUGAAAGCAAUUCCACACAGGGGCAAGGACCGUCAGCAGCAGCAGUUUCUCAACAUCGGUUACGGCCAGUAG